AUGCCCGUGCAGAUUGUAGCUACCGAAUUGGAAGGUAUUAAACUCGACUUAGUAAUUUUAAAUAAAAAGAUAGAAUCAAUUACAUUUAGACAAGAAAAUGGUUUAGAAUCAGAGCAACUGGUGACCAAAAAACAUUGUGAAGAACUUCAACAAAAUAUUCAGUUGAUAAAAAAUGCACAAAAUGCUGAAGUCGAAGAACUCAAUAGAACUAUCCAUUAUAUUAAGACAAAGACAUCUAAAGCCGAGGAAGAAAGGGAUUUGCUAAGACUUGCAUUAACUUUAGUCAUGCAACAAUAUGAUGAAAUUCCCAGGCAUAGCAACGUUAUGCACGAGGAGACAAACAAAGCUAAAAAAUCCUCUCCCGAAGAAAGACCUAAUAGGCCUACAACUACGCAAAAGCAAAGAGUCCGAACUUCCAUUGACAAACAGAUUCGAAGGCCUCCAGGAUGA